GCCUCUGUCCCCUCCCCUAGCUGGACUCUUGAAAGCUGUCCCCCCAGGUGUCCUCAGGAACAGCCGUCCAGGCCCCGAAGAUGAGGCCCUCCAAACUGUCCACCGCGCUUCUCGUCCUCCUGACCACAGUGCUGACCAUCAUGCAGGGUGCUGGAGCCCAAACCCCUAAGUUUGCUCCGCCUGCCUUCUGCCUGGAGCCCCCCUUCACCGGUCCCUGCAAGGCCAGGAUGAUCAGGUGGUUCUUCAACGCCAGCUCAGGUGUCUGUGAACACUUUGUGUUUGGAGGGUGCAGGGGUAGGAGGAAUAACUUCCGGGCUGAGGAGCGGUGUAACAGCCUGUGUGCUAAGAAUGAGGUGAAAAGCACAGCGGGACCAGAAGACAGAGUAGGGGGCGCAGCACAAGGGCCAGGAGAGCGGCCCCCUGGGCCAGAGAAGCUGGUACCUGCUAGUGAAGAACCAGCACCCCUAGCGGAGAACGCACCCGAGGGAGAGGAAGCAGCACCCGAAGUGGGGAGCGCACCCGAGGGAGAGGAAGCAGCGCUCCAGGAGCAAUCCCCUGAGGAACCAGCACCCGAGGAGUAACCAGGUAGGGGACAGGCAGGGAGGGGAAGGGCCCAGGACUGGGGGACCUCGGAGCUUCGCACCUUCACCCCUGCGGCGUCCCCCUGGCUGCCGCCUGGGGAGUGCCCGGCACUGCCGCCCCGCAGGCCCCCUCCCUGGGAGCCCGGGGCCCAGGCAGCAGCCGCCCGCUGUUUGCUGUUUCUGGCCA